AUGCAGCUUGACGGAGCGCGGUCGCAGCACCUCUACGGGGGCCUCAAUGGAAAGUCGAAGGUCGUACGCUUGAGCGCGUCCAAAUUUCCUGACGCAAAGGCCAAGUUUGUUUGGUUUAUCGAGUUCUACUCUGUCAACUGCCCGCACUGCCAGAACGCGGUUCCCGCCGUGGAGGCGGUGGCCGGGAAGCUCGAGGGGAUCGUCAAGGUCGGGGGCGUGAGCUGCGACGCGGACAAUUCGCUCUGCGCCAAGCACGGGGUCCAGAGCCUGCCCUCUUUCAAGCUCAUCCUGGAGGGCAAAGCGAUCGACUACGAGGGGUCCGUGGAGACGAAGUCCAUGCUCGACUUCGUCACAGAGAACUACCCGGCGCCCAUCGCGAACAUUCGGCGGACGGCGGCCGCCUCGGAUUUCUUCAAGGCUGUGGUGGCUGGGAAGAAGGCAGGGGCCAUGGUCCUGUUCACGGACGAGUACGAAACGCCUCUCCUCUACAAAGGGCUCGCUUACCAGCUGAGGGACAAGCUCGCCUUUGGGGAGGUGCGGGCUUCCAACUUGCAGGUCUCGGACCACUUCGGCGUCGGCAAGUACCCCACGCUGCUCUUUUUCUGCGGAGGAGAGGAGGCAAGCGCGGUAGUGGAGUAUGGGAAUGGGAGGGGCGGUAUUGGGAAGGAUGUGAAGACGUUGAAGGAAUGGGCGACAGGGCUCGCGGACAGGAAGGCAUGCUUGGAGGCAGCCAGAAAAGGGAAGCGCUCGGCUCCCAGGAAAAAGCCUAUCAUCGACUUAGAGCAGGAUUUUUCCGCCAUGCGUGUUGCGAAGCUGAGGGCCUUGCUGCAAGAGCAAGGGGACGAGUGUGUGGGCUGCGUGGAGAAGGAGGAUUACGUCCGGAAGAUCAGAGCUCUAGGAGAGCGGCAAAGGAAAUAAGCCGGUGCAUUCAAAGAUUUUGGCGACAAGACUGCAGGGUAUGGAAAAAACAGAGGGGUGGGAGAGUAGUAAGAAAAAAAUUGAAAAGUAAAGUAUCCAUAGAUAUGCGGGGGAGGAGCCUGGAGCUGCGUGGUUCGCGGUGGCGGGCAUUGAAGGGAGAAAAGGAGACGUGGAGUGGCGGCUCUUUGUAUGGAUAGAGGCGUGAGACAAAGAAUCGGAGAAGGAUCUCAUUUAUUAUGUCAUCAACUGCUCCCAAGCAAGAUAGAGAAGGCAAUAAACUAAGCAGAGAGCCACGA